UAUAUGUGGGUGCUCUUCUAUGGUUCCAUCGGGACCGCCGAUCAACAUCAAGAAGAAAGUCCGACACAGUUCCUCACUCGCGCGACACGCCGUCACGAGUCCGAUGGGGUGAUGACGCAGUAGGGCGAUAAGAAAAAAACUCAAUAAUGAAAAAAGGAGUUUCUCUAAGGGUCCGAGUGGUACAUUAUACUUUUAAAUAAAAAGGGCCGUGGACCAUGGACCAUGGCUUCUCAGAGGGGUCUUGAAGUCUACAUGAAUCAAGCUUAUCCUCAGCUUGUAACUGUUACAAUUUUAUAAUUAUUCAUCGCUUUUUUCUUUAUUAUCGACUGGGCGGAAUAUGCCUUUCCUUAAACGAAACACCGAUCAGGUGGAAACACCCAAUGCCGGGCCUACGAACGAAGCCGGCUCUGUGCCCAAGCAAGAGCAGAGCCCCUCGAACGCUUCUCCGGCAGCGAAACAGCAAAGAAUAACCUUCCUAUCCAUAUUCUUAGGUGUCGUCGCCAGUAUAGGUGGCUUUAUGUUUGGAUAUGUCAGCGGUCAAAUCUCGGGUUUUUUCGCGAUGGCUGACUUUGCCACCCGUUUCGGUGAAGCGCAACCGAAUGGCACGUACGAAUUCGGGGCCGCGAGACAAGGAACUAUCGUCGGUCUACUUCCCGUUGGUUGCUUGCUCGGCGCUUUGAUUGCGGGACAACUUGCCGAUAGACUCGGUCGCCGUUUGGCCAUCUCGUUAUCGGCUCUGUGGUCAUGCGUCGGAAUCGUAAUUGAGAUCUCAUCGCAAACGGUCUGGGUGCAAUUCGCAGUUGGCCGCUUGGUCACCGGUUGCUCCAUUGGCGCUCUGUCUGUUUUAGUUCCCAUGUAUCAAUCAGAAAGCAGCCCGGCGAUUAUUCGUGGUAUCUUGGUUUCGACAUACCAACUUUUCAUCACCCUCGGCAUCUGGACUAGUUACAUGGUCGACUGGGGUACCGCGGAUAUGACAUCUAGCGCCUCGUGGCGAAUUCCCAACGGUCUCGGAUUCCUCUGGUCCUUGAUCCUCGGAGUUGGUAUCCUCGUCCUCCCCGAAAGUCCCCGACACGCCUAUCGUAUGGGCCGAGAAGAGGAGGCACGUAACACGAUCGCGAGGUUGGCCGGCGUCGAUCCCCAUCACCGCAGCGUUCAUGAUCAGAUUAUGGAGAUCAAGGUUAAAUUAGACGAAGAAAAGAACAGUGGCAAGGCAAGCUGGUUCGAGAUAUUUACCGGGCCAAGGAUGUUGUACAGAACCUUGCUAGGUGUUAUUCUUCAGGCCGGUCAGCAGCUCACCGGUGCCAACUUCUUCUUCUACUAUGGAACCACCGUCUUUAAGGCGACUGGAUUGAGCGACAGCUACGUUACACAAAUCGUUCUCGGUACGGUCAACGUUGCUACCACGAUCGCCGGUCUAUUUGUUGUCCAGAAAGUUGGUCGCAGAAAGGCUCUUAUCGCAGGUGCAGCUUGGAUGAUGGUGUGCUUCUUCAUCUACGCUUUCGUCGGUCACUACGCUUUAGACUCCGCCAACCCCAUGAAUACCCCACAAGCUGGUUCGGCCUUAAUCGUCUUCUCUUGUCUCGCUAUUGCCGCAUUCGCUACGACGUGGGGGCCAUUGGUUUGGGCUGUUGUCGCCGAGCUCUAUCCUUCUCGAUAUCGGGCCCCAUGCAUGGCACUGGCUACCGCCUCGAAUUGGUUCUGGAAUUUUAUGAUUUCAUUCUUCACUCGAUUUAUCACCGACGCGAUCGACUACUUCUACGGGUUCGUAUUCGCUGGUUGCUGCGCCGCUCUUAUUGUCAUCGUCUACUUUUUCGUGAUCGAGACCAAGGACCGCAGCCUAGAAGAGAUCGAUACUAUGUAUCUUCUCCACGUCAACCCUAUCAAGUCGAGUCACUGGGAUGGCAGCAAAAUGCCAGAAGGCGCUACGGCGGAUUCGCUUCACGAGGAGCAUGCCGAGGUUUAGAAUAGGACAUAGGAUGCAUAUAGACUGUACAAGUACUAGACUACAUAAUAUUAAUUCAAAUUUGUUAUGAACAGAAACCCCAUAUAUGCGUUAUACUACUUAAGAUAACCCUACCCAUCGCUCAUAACCAACAUCCUC